GCUAGCUAGCUGGAGCUAGGGCUAGCAAUUUAACAUAACAUUAACAAUAACAUUCAUCAAAGACUGUGAACAAGGAAGAAGUAUCGACUCUAAAGAAAGAAAAAGUAAACUGAUGUUUAAGAUGGGACUUCCAAUGAUGUUGCAGCGACACUGUUGGGCUGCUUGCAUGGUCAUUUGCAUUGCAAUCAGUUCUUUUGACGAUGUUGGUGCGGAACAAAACUAUGGUCGGGAAGCUGUUGAGGGUAAUAUCCGACUGAUUCAUGGAAGAACAGAGAACGAAGGAUCAGUGGAGAUCUAUCAUGCAACUCGAUGGGGAGGUGUUUGUGAUUGGUGGUGGCAUAUGGAAAACGCAAACGUUACGUGCAAACAACUUGGCUUCCCAGGGGCUCGCCAAUUCUAUAGGAGGGCAUAUUUUGGCGCUCAUGUAACAACGUUUUGGGUGUAUAAAAUGAACUGCCUCGGGAAUGAAACGAGACUAGAAGAUUGCUAUCAUCGACCGUAUGGACGUCCGUGGCUCUGCAAUGCACAAUGGGCUGCUGGGGUAGAAUGUUUACCUAAAGAUGAGCCGCAGGGGUCGUUGAGAAUGAUCCUUGGCGAUGUACCCAAUGAAGGCACACUGGAAACAUUCUGGGAUGGAGCGUGGGGCAGCGUCUGCCAUACAGACUUUGGCACACCAGAUGGAAAUGUUGCCUGUCGACAGAUGGGCUACUCAAGAGGAGUCAAAUCAAUCAAGACAGAUGGUCACUUUGGAUUCAGUACUGGACCAAUCAUCCUAGAUGCAGUAGACUGUGAGGGUACCGAGGCUCAUAUCACUGAAUGCAACAUGCCGGUAACUCCGUAUCAGCAUGCAUGUCCCUACACCCAUAACUGGGACGUUGGUGUUGUAUGCAAACCCAAUGUAGAAGGAGACAUUCGUCUGAUGGAUGGUAGUGGGCCACAUGAAGGUCGAGUAGAGAUAUGGCAUGAUGAUGCAUGGGGUACAAUCUGUGAUGAUGGAUGGGAUUGGGCAGAUGCUAAUGUGGUAUGUCGGCAGGCUGGUUACAGAGGAGCAGUCAAAGCUUCAGGAUUCAAAGGGGAGGACUUUGGUUUUACAUGGGCACCUAUCCACACAUCAUUUGUGAUGUGUACAGGUGUAGAAGAUAGACUUAUUGACUGUAUCCUCCGAGAUGGCUGGACUCACUCCUGUUACCAUGUUGAGGAUGCCAGCGUGGUGUGUGCAACGGAUGACGAUGAUACCAUAGAGAUAGAACCAAAGAAUACAAGAGUACGCAUAGUCGGAAUGGGACAAGGACAGGGUCGAGUAGAAGUGAGUUUGGGCAACGGCUGGGGACGAGUUUGUGAUCCAGAUUGGAGUGACCAUGAAGCCAAGACUGUUUGCUACCACGCUGGGUACAAGUGGGGAGCGUCACGAGCGGCAGGCUCCGCAGAGGUUUCAGCACCCUUUGACCCCGAAGCUCCAUUCAUUAUUGAUGGUAUAACCUGCUCCGGCGUCGAGAAUGAAACCCUUAGCCAAUGUCAGAUGAAAGUUUCUGCAGACAUGACCUGCGCAACAGGUGAUGUCGGAGUCGUUUGUGAAGGAUCUACUGCUCCACCAAGUGGUAUGUCCAUUGCAGUGAUUGGAGGAGCGGCUGGAGGUGGCGUGGCAGGGUUAGCCGUGGCUGCAUUCGCGUUCUAUUACAUCAAGUUUGUCAAACCCGCAGGAGGCGGUGGUCAAGCUUAAAUAAGAAAUACAAUGAAGUCAAUAUCUUAUUCUCAGGAACAUCAAUCUCAGGAAUCAAUUCCUAAAUAAUUAUAGGAAAGUCUCCAACGACCCAAAACGCACUAAUAUAUUUCAUAAUCAUAACCCCUCCCUAUGAUCUAAGUUAAUUAUUUUAUUAUUAACUGUUUGGAAAAUAUUGAUGAUCAAUUCAAUCGAAUGUGUGUGUUUUAUGUAACGCACAUUUUGCAUGUUUGAUUUAAUUACUCGAUCAGCACAUGGUGCCGAUUAGGCAUUAUAAAUCUUAAAUACAUUAGUCGACGAUGCAAGCUGCUCAAUUACCAAGUAUGAUUGUCGGUGAAAUGUAAGAUGGUAUUUUCUUAAAUAUCGAGUUACAAGUUCAUUGUGUUGGUGACAAUUUCUCGAGAACAGGCUGCAUUCACAAAUAAUUGUUUUAAUGGAGAACGUUUAUGAGAAGGACUGAAUUUCUUUAAAAGAGAGAAUUGCCACGAUGCAUGUGUAUCAAUAAUUUGACGACAAUCGACUAAUAAAUCGUUUGAUUUGGGAGGUCUAUUUUGAACUAAUAUGAAAUUAAAUCUUUCAUUGUUAUUCGUAUUGUAUUCAUGUGUUAAUGUUGAAGUUCCAUGAAAUUAUAUCCAAACAAUUUGAUUAAGGAAUUUCAACAAAACAUUCUCCGUUGAAAUGUUAUUUUGUAUUAUUUUGUUUUCUUGCAACGAAAAAGUAAAUAAAUGAUUACAAUAAAA